AUGGUUUCCUUCCAAUGCGAGGCUUGCGGCGACGUCCUGACCAAGAAGUCUCUCGACAAACAUAGGAACCAAUGUAGAGGCGCAUCGUUCAGCUGCAUCGAUUGCAUGGUGCACUUCCACGGCACCGACUACCGAUCACAUACAAGCUGCAUCAGCGAGGCGCAAAAGGUGCAGGGCUCGUUGUACCGGGAGAAGAGCAAGAAGGGUGAUAAGGGCAGGUCGAUGCCCGGUAGCUGGAAUUCAGACCCAAUGGUGCCACAGCGAGCAUACGUCGAAGAUGCGCCGGAUGGAGGCGAUGAUUCGCAGGCAGUGGCCAUAGUGGAUGUGCCUCCAAGGGCACCAACACCUCCUACUGCGGCGCAAGACCUACCAGAGAACGUCAACGUGUUCGACUUUUUGGUGACUGAGGAGACGCCUAAUGGCGCCAGAAAUAAGAUCAGCGCGCCAGAACCAAGACGUGAAAUCAAGCAGUCUGUCCACUACCCGAAUGGCGACUCGCAGUACAGUCACUACGCAACGGAUGGCUCGCAGUUCUCUCAAACAGGCUUCUCAUACGGUGAUGGUCCACUGGAACCAUCCUUCGCGCGCUACGACUCAUGGCAGAACUUGACCGACUCUCAGCAGUCGCACAACCUCAUGCCACCUCCCGCAUACGUUACGCCUGCGCCAAAAGAGAGCAGACGACAUACCAAAGACAGACCUACCAUCGAGAAGAGCGAUAAGAAGCGCAAGCGAGGGCAUGUCGAGGAGUUGGACCUGUCGUCCACUACCAAGCGUCCAUCCUCGCGCGACCAGAUGAUGAUAGAUGCGCCAACAGAAGGGAGGAAUGGCAGAGUGCUGCAUUCUGGUCUCACCGGCGGGCUGAACAAACUCAUCACGGAUCCUGAGUUCCUUGAAGAUCGCAUCGACGCCGGGCCGACACCUAUCUUGAGUCCUGUCAAGCGAUCAAAAAGAGGCGAAGCAGACGCCGACAAGAAGAGCCGACGCACGUCAAGCUACGUAUCUUACGGCACAACGACUUCUAAAGGUUCCUCAAAACACGCAGAAGACAAGCAAGACCGCUCUCGCGACAGCAAAUACCACGACGACAAGCAACGCCGCCGCGCAAGCCCGGAUCGCAGCUACCACGAUGAUCGCCAUCGCUCCCGCCGACAGCGUGAAUCGCUUUCAUCAGACGACCGGCCUCGCGCGAAACACAUGAAAGCUAUCGAGUACCCCGACCGCCCCUCCUCAGUCCAGCCGAACGCGACGAAUCAGCUCGUCAGCUACACUUCCCGCCCGGACCUGUUCUUGUCAUUCAUCAACAAGGGACCUGAUAGCGAUCGCGGCUGCUCGAUCAACAAGGUGUUGAAGCGAUAUCACCGGGAGCGUGGCGUUCGAAGUACCGACGAGAAGGAAGACGAGGAUAAGGAGUUGUGGAAGUCGUUGAGAUUGAGGAGGAAUGACCGUGGGGAGAUUGUGCUGUUCUUCUAG